AUGGUCUGCGUUAUGAAAGGUAGCCUUUUGACGCGAGCUUCCGGCGACGCGCAUCAUUCUGCUCGAAGAGAUAGCGGUACUUUUCCUGGGAGUGAAGCUGGUUUUGCAAGCAUGUCGGAUAUUCAUACUUGUAAGCUUUACCUGGAAUUGACCCACCCCACAGUUGAGUGUACAGUCCGUUCCACCGCUGUUGCAGCCUCGCCCUUGUCGGAGAUGUUUGAACCUGGAGAGGACGCCAGAUGCUGCCAGCAUUUGACCCAUGCUGAGAAAGUGCGUCUUAUUUCCUGUCCUGCAGCCGGUUGGGUCUUGCAACCCGGGCACCUUGGGGAAGUUGCCAUGCUUUCAUUAAACGCAGCCUCCUCUCCGGGGGGAAGGAGGCUUCGGUCUGUACAGCCGAAUGCUAUAAGUGUAGCCUGCCUAAGUGCCGAGGAUUUCGAAGCCCAGAGUCUUAACCUUGUCCUCCGGUGUCUCAGCGAGCUGAUGGAUGCAAAUCCUUUUAAGCAGCUCGUUGUGGGGGUGUCAGGAAGUUCGUUGCAUGCAACUCUAGACUUUUCACGCAUUAGCUUCUUCCUCGUUGAUGAACGAUACGUCCAACCAACUGACAAGAAAUCUAAUGUCCGUCUCGUUAUGGAAGAACUCUUUGGUCAAGAGGUGUGGAGUGACCCUGACUUGGACGAUGCCAAAAAGUUCAGGCCGACGGCUGCUGCAUGGCCCAAUGCCAAUAUCGAUUUCUGUUACCCCGAUACAUCUUUGCCCUUGGACCAGUGUGUUGAAAAGUAUAGGCAGGAUUUGAGUAACUUGCUUCGGAGGCAUGGCGGCGUAGAUCUCGUCCUGUUGGGCAUGGGAGAUGAUGGACACAUAGCUUCAAUCUUCCCUCCCUUAACUCCGACGCAGUAUGAAGCAGCGACAUGCCCCCGCACUCUCGUUGUUCACUCUACAACAGACCGUUUCGACGUACAUGAUCGUAUUUCGGUCACUUUAAAUGUCCUCACCGGGGCAAGCCGCAAAGUCUUUUUGAUCAAGGGAGAGUCUAAGCUGGACACAUGGUUCCGCAUGGAGGCUGAAAUGGAUCAGGGGUUUGCGCGUUCAAGGCUAGACUUCGAGGAAUUCUGGAAGCAAAUCGCAGAUAAUCUUGCGAGUGGAGAAAGCUACGACGAUGGCGACGCACUUGAAAAGCUUAGCAAACACCUAGGAUCUCUUGAGGCUCUGGAAGGCAGCAACAACAGGCUUUUCUAUUUAGCGCUUCCACCGCAAGCUUUUGCAUUAACGACGCGAGCACUGAGGGAACACUGCUGGGCGGUGAAGGGUUGGAAUAGAGUAGUGGUGGAAAAACCAUUCGGACGGGACAGCAUAAGCUCGGAAGAGUUGUCCAACGAGCUUAUGAAGGUCUUACAGGAGCAGGAGGUAAGGCCCAGGGGAAGCCCUUGCACAGAUGCAGUAACCCUGCUAGGAAGCAUGCUUUUGCGUGAUGCAGGAAUCAUACGAGACGUGAUGCAGAACCACAUGCUGCAGCUUUUGACACUAAUCGCCAUGGAGCCCCCUGUAUCGUUAAGCGAUGAAGAUGUCCGCGAUGAAAAGGUUAAGGUGUUGAAGCAGAUGCCCCCUAUCAGUGCGUUACACCAUGCUAUUGUCUUCCUUCAGGAUCCUUCGGUCCCGCAAGGCUCUAGGACGCCGACGUUCUGCACGUGUGCGCUUUGGAUCGAGAACGAAAGAUGGCGAGACGCAGGGAAAGCUUUGGAGAAGCGCUCUACGGAGAUUCGCAUUCAGUUACGCCCUAUCGCACAGGCAUUCUACCCUGAAGAGGAUCUCGCAGAAAACGAACUCGUCAUAAUCGUACAGCCCCGUGAAGCCAUUUACCUGAAAUUCUAUACAAAGAAGCCGGGGCUAGCCCCGGGACUUCAAUUAACUGAACUCGAUCUCUCUGAUGAACUGCGUGAAGCAUGGCGCAUUUUUACUCCACUGCUGAAGCAGAUUGAAGAGACUGGAAUCAUGCCAGAGCCGUACCCAUACGGUUCUCACGGUCCCGAGUCCGCAUACGCCUUCAUCCAGGGCUUUUACUCCUACCAUAAGGAAGCACGUUACCAGUGGCAUGCGAAACACUAA